AUGUAUUGGCAAUUGUUUGCAAUUUGUUUGAAUGGUUGAAAACACGUGUUUUUGCCAUUCAUUUAUUGAUUACAAUUGAAACCAUCAUUCAGUCAAUGCUUUAUCGCAUCCAUUAAGACAUGUAUUUAAUGUAUUACUUGUCGCCCGAAGGCAAACGGGUGUAUACCAUGUCUAAAGUGGAUCAAGUGGGCAAUCCUACCUUCUCAGCACAUCCCGCCCGUUUUUCACCCGAAGACAAGUACUCGAGAGAAAGGAUUACAAUUAAGAGGAGAUUUGGUUUACUUCCGACUCAACAACCGCUUCAGUCCACAUAAUCGUCACUAUAUUUGUCUCAUAUAUUGUCUCAUUAUUUGAAAGACAUUUAUUCAAUAAAAGCAUUUUGUUUGCGACCAAAAAGUAUUUCCAAAGCAAUUCUUAGCCAUAAUUAUCGGUAAAAAUGGCCGAAUUUCCCGAAUUAGGCCAACAGUGCACUCAAUGCAAG